CAGGGCUUGACCACCCAGAGGGCUAGAGAAAUCUUGGAACGAGAUGGCCCCAACCAACUUACCCCUCCAAAGACAACACCGGAAUGGGUGAAGUUCUGCAAGCAGCUAUUUGGCGGAUUCUCGAUUCUUUUGUGGGUCGGGGCAAUCCUUUGUUUCGUGGCAUACUCCAUUGUCGCUUCAACGGCUGAAGAUCCGUCUAAAGAUAAUCUCUACCUUGGCAUCGUGUUAACCGUUGUUGUGGUAGUGACAGGAUUGUUUUCCUACUAUCAGGAAGCCAAAAGUUCAAGAAUCAUGGAAAGCUUCAAGAACCUCAUCCCCCAGGUCUGUUCUUCUUCCUGA